GCCCUCUUGCAGGGCGAAGGCUUUUUGAUCCACGAAAGACAAGGUUUAGGGACACCAGGUGUUCGCUCUAAUUUAUAAGAAGUUUCGAAGCAGCUGCUUGGCAGAAACCAGACAGACAAGAUGGCAAUGGAAGGAAAAAUGAGUGUGAUCAAGUGGUUGAUGUUUAUCUUCAAUGCAAUUUUCUGGCUUACUGGACUUGCACUCAUAAUUCUUGGAGCUGUUUUGAAAAGCAAGUAUGGAAUUUACCUCACAUUUGCUGAUGGCAAAUAUGCUGAUGCUGCCAUCUUCCUUAUCAUUGUGGGAGUUAUAGUCUUCAUUGUUGCAUUCCUUGGUUGCUGUGGUGCCAUUAAAGAACACUAUUGCAUGGUGACAACUUUUGCUAUUUUCAUGAUUGUAAUCUUCAUCCUGGAAGUUGCUGCUGGUGCUCUUGGAUUAGCCUACAAGAAGAAGGUUGUCACUGUUGCUGACAAAGCUCUGAGCAAAGGAAUUGAAAAAUAUCACUCUGAGAAGGGAGCAGAACAAUUUUUUGACUGGAUCCAGGAAGAGUUCAAAUGCUGUGGAAACAAUGGACCAAAGGACUGGAACUCCACCAUCCCUUCAAGUUGCUGCAAAUCAGGUGGUGCGAACUCCACUUGCACUGAAGCAGAUGCCUACCAAAAGGGAUGCAAACAAGGGUUUGAAGAUUUUGUUAAAGGAAAGCUGGUAGUUAUCGGUGCUGUUGCUCUUGCAUUUGCUUUUGUGCAGAUCCUUGGAAUUAUCUUUGCAUUCCUGAUGAUGAGAGAAAUCAGGGGCCAAUAUGAAGUUGUGUGAUGAAACCUUUGGAUAUUGGCUUUGUAGGACUAUUAUUGAGUAAUGGACUGCAAAUUUCUAUGAAUUAAUUUUUUGAUGCAACUAAUGAUCAUGUCCAUGGCUACUCUCCAAGGCAAAUUCUGUCUUCUUUUGGAUUGUCUCCAUCUCAAGUUUAAAUGAAGCAUAAACUAAGGACAAAUUUAAUUUACAGUAUAGCAUUAUUUUAUAUAACUUUUCUCACUGCAUAGAGAUCAAUUAGUAUUCUUAUUAAUCUGGUUGGUUCAUGAAACAUCAUCAUUGUUGCAUUUAUUUUUUCUUGGGGAUGGUAUUUAUUUUGGAUUGCAGUAUAGCUACCCCUCAGCUGACUAUGGUAGAGGUACUCCAACACUGGGCUGUAAAGCAUAUCAUACUUAUAGUUUGUAGGAUUACUUCUUAUUAUGCAUCUUUUCUAUCAAUUAAUUUGAUCAUCUUUUA